AUGUCAUUUUUAGUGCCGUCGGAUUUCUAUCAUUCAUAUAAGUUUGCAGUAGGUUAUGGACGAGUUUUUUUAAUCUGGUUUAAAUGGUCUGCAGAACCUUUGUCACUUGCUGAUCUCUCCCCUUCUCCUGACAAUGAUUCUAAAGUGCGGGUAGCAUAUCAGGUUUUCAUUCUUCAUCAGUCUCUAUAAGUUUUUAUCAUUAUUUCUCUUAGUUUCUCCCUCAUUAAUCUUACAUCAGUUGAUUAAAACUAAUGUAGGGUUUCCCCGGUGCAUUCAGCGAGGCUGCUGCCCUCAAGGUCUAUCCUCAGUGUGAAACUGUUCCAUGUGAGCAGUUUGAAGCAGCAUUUAAGGUUCAAUCUCAUGCCUUCUAUUCUUUGUGACAAUGUGCUCUUCACAGAAUUUUGCUUCUAAGAUGUUUCUGUUCAUACCAGGCUGUUGAACUAUGGCUCGUUGAAAAGGCUGUUCUUCCGAUUGAGAAUUCUUUAGGUGGGAGCAUUCAUAGAAAUUAUGACUUGCUUCUUCGGCACAGACUACACAUUGUGGGUGAGGUGCAAUUAGCUGUCAACCACUGUCUUAUGGCACUGCCAGGUGUGACAAAAGAUGAAGUGAAACGUGUUUUGAGCCAUCCACAGGUGAGUUAUUAUUUUGAAUCUAAACGCAUGAUACAGCUGUUGGUGAUCACAUUUUUAUGGUUCAGGCUCUUUCUCAAUGUGAGCAUACACUGAGCACCUUGGGAGUCAUUAGAGAGAGUGUGGAUGAUACUGCUGGUGCGGCUCAGGUUGGUCCUUGCUGUUUUCUGAUUGAAUUGUUUACUCUUCUUUACCUUUCUGUUGGAGGAUGAUACUAAUUCUAACUUGAGAUUUUGUCUCAGUUCAUAGCAUCGAACGGCCUAAGAGAUGCUGCAGCAGUUGCAAGUUCCCUUGCAGCUAAGAUAUAUGGACUUAAUAUACUUGCAUCAGGAAUCCAGGCAAGCACAUCCGCAUGCAAUUUUUCUAGUUCUCCUUUAUCUCUGCCAAUGUAGUAUCGGGAGUUGUACUUUCUGACUGUGGUACAUUAUCAUGCAUAUAGUUCAAUGCAUUGAAUGACCUGUUAUAUUUUUUCCUUGGGCGAAAAUGAUGUAUCAUUUCUCAAUUCUUUUUUAGCAUUUUUCAAAAUUGCCUUCGGUGAAAAUUUUGUGCGUUUAUGACUUCAUGUAGAUUUUUUGCAGUACUUGAAACCCUAAAAUUGUGAGUACCUUCCAAAGUGAAAUCUUUGGUGCUCUCUCAUCUGCUUUGUGUACAUGAGUGUGAAGUAAAACAUAUAUGUAUUUGUAUGUUCGCACUUAUUUUAUUGAUGACUAAACAUCUGAGUAGUUCAGGCUGUAAGGUUGUUUAUUCAGUUGCUUUAUAAAUCCAUUAUAGUUAUCCCAUGGAAACAUAUAUGGAAAAACAGUCUGUUUCAGCAAAUACUCAUUCUUCGAGGGAGGAAUUGAAAUUAGUCUGUUAAAAACGAUCCAUUAUUCUUUGAUGAAAGGAGAUAUUUGUAUUGAUUCCUUUCUGAAAAUUUAGUUAACACAAAACAAAGAAAUUUGAUAUUUUAAGAAACCAAAAAAUUGACCGUCUUUCUUUCAGCUCAUUAUUCGCUCGCCACAGAACCUUCAUGUCUGAUCUGAUGAUUCGGGUAGGAUCAUCGUCAGAGGUGAAUUUGGUUCUUUUAAUCUUCUUUAUGUCCAAUGCCCUUCUGUUUUCUUAUGGUCAGGAUUCUUGAAUCAAAUAUUCUUAUGGUAACAAAUGAAUUUUCAAGCUCAUGUAUUUAGUUUAGCGAUGUUUAUGCCAAAUCAUAUACAUGACAGGACGACCACGACAACAUCACGCGUUUCCUCAUACUGGCAAGGGAACCUAUCAUUCCAAAAACAAACAAACGCUUCAAGGUCAAACUUCUAGAAUUGUCGAAUUAUUCUUCUAGUAUACAGUCUAACAUUCUAUGUUCGAAAUCACGUUUUGCAUUUCAGACAAGCAUUGUUUUCACUCUUGAAGAAGGGCCUGGAGUACUAUUUAAAGUGCUCUCUGUAUUUGCUUUGAGAAACAUUAAUUUGACAAAGGUAUAUCCUGAUAAUGAUUGAUAGUGUUGUUUCGGUCCUAUUUGGAUUAGCCGUUAGAUCACUCAGAUUUCAUAUUUGCAGAUUGAAAGCAGACCUCAAAGAAAGAAGCCUCUAAGGGUUGUUGAUGAUUCUAAUAAUGGAAUCGCCAAGUAUACACCAUUCUUGAUUUCUUUUCUUUAUAGAAAUAACCAGUCGAACGGUUUUUUUAGCUUGAUUAAGUUUUUGAGUUCAAAGUUAUGUUCCAAUGUACUUGGUUCUCAGACAUGAGUGUAAUUGAACUGUAUUCGAAUGUAGGUACUUUGACUAUCUAUUUUUUAUUGAUUUCGAAGCAUCAAUGGCCGAGCCUCACGCACAGAAUGCUUUAGGCCACCUGCAGGUCUGGUCUUUGUAUAUGUUGAAUAUAUCUGUUGAGUUCGGAUUGUUUUGCUCAUCUUUUCCUUUUAGAAAUAAUGAAGUGUCUCCCUCUCACGCCAAAAAUGAUUUGAUUCAGUGUUUACGAACAUUAUUUAUCAUGCGCCUCGUAGAUUGCAUGUUCUCAUGGUUACUAUUAUCAGCAUACGGUGCUUUAUUUUCAUUUUUCUUGUGGUGACCAUAAAAAAUUACUUAUUACAAUUAUGUUACCUGUGAUUGGGAAUGAUGGUGCAACUUUGUUUUUGUUGGCUUAGAAUUUAAAUCUAUUGAUCUUACAAUAAUUUGUUAGCCUCAUAUUCGUUGCGAAUUAUUCACUAAAUGGAACAGAAAAUUCGUCCAAGUUAUUCAGCACGAGAUUUUAGAUAUCUGGCAAAAGAUCUAAUUAUUACAAGCAAUCUGAGAUAGGGGAUCAUGGUCUCCCCGUGUUUGGAAGCCUGUGGUGUCAUUGAAGUACCUAAUUGUUUUGUGAAGCUACUUUAUGCGUGUAAAAAGAGGAAAUGAUCACUGAGCCAGGAAGAGAAAUUCUGUUGACAAUUCAGAGCAGUUUUUUUAUUUCUCAUCUGAGAAAAACGUACUGGUUAGCCUAAAAGAAUGUUAAAUAUAAUUUCGCCUGUGUUCAGAAGCAGUUCACUGAAUUGAUUAUCAUUGCGCUGUGGAGGCAUUGUAGCAGUCAGAGUAACCCACUUGUUGCACUUUCUUUUCAGUUUGGAAUGAAUCUUGAGUUGAAAAUUGAUGAAUGAACUGUUGGUGGUAUUGUAGUUGCACCAUAUUGAUGGAUGUGCUCACUGCCAUCCAGAAAUUAUGCUCGUCAAUAAUGCCUAGGUUGGGUUGGAUUCACUCGUAUAUUACUGCAGUAAGAUUCUGAUGCGAGCAACCAACCCUAAAGAUAGCCUGGUUCAGGGGAUCUCAGGUUGUAUGCAGAGCAUACUGGCUUGAUCCUGAUGACUUGUUGUCUGCUGGGAGAUUGGAAUUUAUGGAUCAUGGCAUCCAGACAUCAUGUUUUCAUUAGUAUGCUCUUUCUAAACGUUUUAGUUAAUCGCUUUCUCUUCCAACGCUAUAAAAUCGGUUCUUUUGUGUGGGUUCUCCAUCGAAUGAGAACUUAUUAUACUACUUUGUGCAGGAAUUUGCUACAUUUCUUCGGGUCCUCGGGUGUUACCCAGCUGAUUCAACUGUAUAG